AUGGGGUUGAAGGGAACAAUGGUGGGUGUUCUUCUAUUUUGUGCCUGGUUUUUUGAGGGAUUUGCAGAAGAUGUGAAAGUAACGGUUGGAGGAGUGACUUCAAUAGCUGAAACAGAUGAUAAUUUCAUCUGUGCCACCAUUGACUGGUGGCCUGCUGAUAAGUGUGAUUACAAUCAAUGUCCAUGGGGAUUAGCUGGCAUCUUCAAUCUGGAUUUGCAGAACAUCAUUCUUGUGAAUGCUAUCAAAGCAUUUGAUAAUCUGAGAAUCAGAAUGGGAGGCUCACUACAAGAUCAGAUACUCUACCAAAUUGGAUAUGCCAUUCAUGACUGCCCACAAAUAAAAAAGGUUGAGGGUGGUCUGUUUGGAUUCUCAGAAGGUUGCCUCACCAUGCAGAAAUGGGAUGAAGUCAAUAAACUCAUCAACCAAACUGGAGCUUUGUUUACUUUUGGAUUGAAUGCCCUGAUCGGGAAGAACAAGCCGGAGCCGCCUCCCAAAGGUGACAAUAUCACUUGGACUGGUGAUUGGGACUCGCAAAAUGCCCGCGACCUGAUCGAGUACACUCUGUCAAAAGGGUACAAGAUCGAUUCAUACGAACUAGGAAACGAGCUGUGUGGAUCUGGGGUUUCCGCAAGGCUUGAUGCUAAGCAGUAUGCAAAGGACCUGGUGAAACUAAGACAAACGGUGAAAGACGUUUACCAGAAGGCAAGGCCAAUGCCCAAGAUCAUGGGGCCGGCUGGCUUUUAUGAUAAGGAGUGGUUCGACGCCUUCCUGGAGGCUGCAGGGCCACAUGCUGUCGAUGGAUUGACUCACCAUACUUACAACCUUGGCCCAGGGGUUGAUCCCACCCUCAUCAACAAGGUUCAGGACCCGUACUUCCUCUCCCAAAUAGCUCAGACGUAUAAGGAUAUCUCGGACAGCAUCAGGCUGUUUGGGCCAUGGGCAUCUGCAUGGAUUGGAGAAGCUGGUGGGGCUUACAACAGUGGUGGCAAAGAUGUCUCCCACACCUUUGCCGAUGGCUUCUGGUACUUGGAUCAACUGGGCAUGUCAGCAACCUUCAACCACAAGGUCUUCUGCAGACAAUCUUUAAUUGGAGGAAAUUAUGGCCUCCUUGAUACUACAAGUUUCAUCCCUAAUCCUGAUUAUUACGGUGCUCUUUUGUGGCAUCGUCUAAUGGGCAAGAGAGUUCUUGCCACCUCUCAAAAUGACUCUCCUUACUUACGCGUAUAUUCCCAUUGUGCGAAGCAAAAGCCGGGCAUUAGCAUGCUUAUAAUCAACAUGUCAAACUCGACUUGGUUCCAAAUCCAAGUCCAGAAUGACAUGAAUCUGCACCCAACUGCUUCUGAAAGUAAUGGAGGACAAGAAAGAGAGGAGUACCAUUUGACUCCUCAGAAUGGGGAUAUCCAAAGUGAUAAGUUGUUACUCAAUGGAAAUCUAUUAUCACUUACAGAAGCAUCAGACAUCCCAGAAAUGAAGCCCAGGCUUGUUGAUCCUUCUAGUGCCAUUGUAGUUGCCCCUGACUCGUUUGUCUUUGCAACUCUCAGGGACUUCAAGGCUCCCACAUGCAUGUAA